UAAUAACAAUACGUGAAGAAUAGAGAGAGCAUAAUCACAAUGAAAAGUUUUAUUCAAGCUUUUAUCUUCUUGGCCUUAGCUUCCUCAUUUGCCACCGCAUUUGAUCCCAGUCCUCUUCAGGACUUCUGUGUAGCCAUCGAUGAACCAAAGAACGCUGUGUUUGUGAAUGGAAAGUUCUGCAGGGAUCCCAAGCUCGUCAAAGCUGAAGACUUUUACUUUUCAGUUAAAACGCCUGGAAACACAAAUAAUCCAGUUAAUUCUAAUGUUACAGCCGUAAAUGUCAAUCAAAUUCCAGGACUUAACACUCUUGGCAUAUCAGCUGCCCGCAUUGACUUUGCACCUUACGGCCAAAAUCCACCUCACACUCACCCUCGUGCCACCGAGAUUCUUGUUGUCCUGGAGGGUACUCUUCUUGUUGGGUUCGUCACUUCCGAUCCCAACCACACACUCAUCAGCAAAGUUCUUAAUAAGGGUGAUGUGUUCGUGUUCCCCAUUGGUCUUAUCCACUUCCAAUUCAAUAUCGGAAAAACGAAUGCUGUUGCAUUUUCUGGUUUGAGCAGCCAAAACCCCGGUCUGAUUACUAUUGCCAACGCGGUAUUUGGAUCAAAUCCUCCAAUUAAUCCAGAUUUUCUUGCCAAGGCUUUCCAGUUGGACGUAAACAUGGUGAAAGAUCUCCAGAAAAAGUUCUAGAUAGACAGCAAGAUAAUUUUUUCGAUUGCAUGAAAGUAGCUUCUACAAUUUCAAUAUAUUUAUAAUAUGUGCUUUUCCUAAUACUUAUUGACGUGUGGUAGUGAUGUAAUAAAGGUGUUACAUUUUUUAUGUACCUCCAGUCAGUUUCCAUGGUUUUCUUACUGAUAUAACUAAAUUUGAUUGCAUU